UGGAUAGCCUACUGAUUAAGCUACUGCCUUAAGGCGCUUAUACCUGCUCGAAUACGCCUGUUAGCUUCCGUUUCCGAACUACUAAUCAGCAUCAGGAGCUAUCGGUGUGCAAUCGCCAUGGCUCAGACCCCAGGCUCGCCUACACCAGCCGCAGAGAGUUCCUCGAAGCAAGAUCUGCUGAUCCACUACUGCCGCAAUCGUGGCUUGCGCGCACCGUCGUGGCAGGUCCUGUCGGAUAGAAGAGGCGGCCGCACUGCGUGGAGUUGCACGGUGAUCGUUAAUGGCCAGCAUGUACCAGCAAGGUACUGGUACGACGGGCAAUACGUCAACAAUGCCCGUGAGGACGCUGCCGAGAGAGCUCUCCAGAUGCUAGGCCAGCUCCCAGCUCCCAACGGGCCUCAGCCGACGCAUUAUCACCAGCAACAGCGCACCACUUACGGUGCUGGGACGGUCGGCAGCUGAGCGUUGCCUGGCGCUUGAUGCUUCGAGGAGACAUGUAGGAUGACCCACUUCGGCACGCUUUGGCGAAGUCGGUGGCAUUGCGAUGCCUGCUCGUAGUGGUGUAGGCUGUGUUUCGGGCUUGGAGACCGUAUGCCAUCUCUGGCAGAGUGGUGACUGAGGAGGAAGGCUGUCAUUCCUCUGUUUAG